UUGCUCUGUGGCGCUCCAGGCAUGUUUGUAAACAAAGAGAGGCAGCGGACGUUGAAGAAGAAGCUGCUCUCUGCCCCACGAAUGUCUCAUCCUGGUAUGAUUGUGGUUGUCGCUAAUAAAGGGUCGCCUGCAAGCUCAAUAGUCAGGAUAAGCUACAGGGCUGUCUAGUACAUGUGAUGGGCCGAAGGACUCAUGUUAAAUCCCCUAGUAGCCUGCAUAUACCCUGAUCACUCCCUGAUCAAAUGAGGCCUUAGGAGUGGAGCUUAUUGUAGUGGUUCUAGACAUUGAAAAGCGCGACAAGGACCAGAUGAGGAUCUUGGCUACAGGCACUGAUGCAGUCCAUGUUCCCAUAUAGUGGCAAGGAAGAAUUCUACCACUGAACCACCAAUGUUAAAGUGGUAUGCUUUACUCUGUUCCUCAAGGAUACUGUAACCCACAAUGCCUGGCUGCGUGAUUGAUGCAACACCUAUAGCAGUAGAUUUUUGGAGGCCUGCAAAUGCACCAGGGGCACGUCUGUUCUUUCUUACACACCUCCAUCAGGACCACACUGAGGGACUGUCAUCAACAUGGCGCUUGCCCAUAUACACAUCCCCAAUCACAGCCCUCUUACUUAAGAGUAAAUACAAGCUGCCAGAAAGUAUAAUAAAGGAGCUAGAGGUUGGACAAAGCUACUUAAUUCCUUUAGAUGAAGGCAGCAAUACCAUCACAGUUACUGUCUUUGAUGCUAAUCAUGUUCCUGGAGCAGUCAUGUUCCUCUUUCAAGGGUAUUUUGGCAAUAUCCUGUACUGUGGAGACAUGCGAUGGAGCCCAGAGAUGCUGGAGGACCCUGUGUUGCAAAAUGUUGUGAAUCAUCGAGAGCUGGACAUACUGUACCUUGACAACACAUACUCUGCUCCCUACUGCCAGUUUCCAUCCAGAGAAGAGGUCAAGAAGCAAAUUUUCCAAAUAAUUGAUGGGUAUCCUGACCAUGAGAUAAAGAUUGGAAUCAACACUCUGGGACGAGAGAGACUCUUAGAAGAGAUAGCUCAGAGGUAUCGUGAGAAAAUUCUUGUCAGUCAAGAGAAGUUUGACCAGCUUCAGUUACUUGGUUGCCUUGAUGUCUUUACCACUGAUCCUGAGCAGUCUCGGAUUCAUACUUUUCCAAAGAGACAGAUGCAAGUAGCUACACAUAAGAAAUGGAAUGAAGAGUAUCCAACAAUCAGCAUCAUCCCUACAGCUCUUUUUGUGGGUUGGAAGAAUGGUCCUUACAGUUCUCAGUCAGAAAAUGGUAUGUAUGUUGUACCAUACAGUGAUCACUCAUCAUACCCAGAGCUGAUGGAUAUGGUAUCAUCGCUGGCUCCCCAUCAGAUAUAUCCACUCGUGAAACACUGGUCAAAAUCAGGUUGGUGGUCUGACAUAUCUGCUCCAGAUCAGACCAUAAAAGCAGAUAUGACUGUAUACAGGCAUCUGCUUUCAUUACCUCCACCUGAUCCAGUUAUCAUUCCUGAAAGUGUGAUUAGAUUAAUGAGUAGAGAGGCUCCGAGGGUUCUCCACAUUCAGCCACGUAAGUAUAUGCUUCGGAAGGGUUUGUCACCCAGGAGUAGUAAAAUUCGAGGUGUGAUGCACUCCUCUCCCAGGUCCUAUUCAUUGCAUUCUUUCUCACCUGCUUCAGCAGCCACCCCAACAUCAUCAUUUACCCUGGGAAGUAGGAGAAAUCUUUACAAUGAGAGAAAUGCAGCAGCCACCCCAACAUCAUCAAUUGCCCUGGGAAGUAGUAGGAAUGUUUACAGUGAGAGAUAUGCAGCAGCCACCCCAACAUCAUCAGCUACCCUGGGAAGUAGUUCAAAUAUUCACAAAGAGAAAAAUACUAAGCAAUAUGAAAAAUGUAUUCAGCCAGCAAGAAGAAAAUUGUUACUGCCAUCAGAGGAAGAAAGCAUAACCUCCAGAGAAAGGGAAGCAGAGUUGAUAAAGAAGAGAAAACUGGAGAAACAUAUUUCAGAUAGAAGAGAUGCAUUAAUAAAGGAAACUGCAGACUUUGCAGCAUGCAAAGUUAAAGAACUAAAUGCUCAGACUGCAUCAAGGAAUAUAGAGGAUGAGUUACAGGUCAUGGUACAAAAUUCAAAAUUAAUUUUGGAAUCACUUUCACAUCUUGACAGUCUUUUAUAACAAAUUUCCUAUGAUGAUUAUCAUGUAUUUGAUUUUCAGUGAUUUUCAGAGGCAGCCACUGAAGCAUAGUUGGAAAAAUGCCAUCAAAGAUAUGACAAUGACAUUUUUUUUUACUUGUACAAAGAAUUUAAAGCAAUAACUAAUUAGAAUAUGUUUAGUUCUUAGACCUACUGCUGUCAUAAAAGAACAGUUAAGGUACAAAUAUUUUAUAUACAAUACCAAGUGGUACAACCACAGCUUAGCUACACUAGAAAUAAAUAAAACCAUUACUUCUGUGUUGAUGGUUUACUCUUAUCUAUUUGGUAAAAUAAAUGUUGCUCAUA